AUGAAGAGUGAAGACAACGUAACCAGCUUGAAUGAUGAGGAACUUAAGAUCCAUGGCCAAUUCGACCAGGACAAGAUUAAGGAACAGUAUGACCAUCUCUCCUCUAACUAUGAAGAUGUAUAUCUCCAGGUCGGAUACCCAGACCCAGAUAAAUGUGCAGAAUUCGUAGAGAACUUUGAAGUUAGCAAAGAUGAAGAGAUCUUUGACAUGGGCUGUGGCACAGGCCUUGUCGGUCUAAAACUUAAAGAGAAAGGAUAUACCAACGUUGUCGGAGUCGAUGCCAGUGAGAAAAUGCUCGACCAAGCUAAAGAGAAAGACAGCUACACAGAUCUUGAAGAACUCUUCCUCGGUACUCCAGAUACCUUUCCAGAGAAAUAUAGAGAAAGAUUCGUAGCCCUCACAGCAGCUGGUAUCCUUGCUGAAGGACAUCUAGGCAAUGAGGUGUUUGACGAAAUGGUCCUUGCUCUUAAACAAGGCGGAUAUGCCAUCUUUACUACUAGAGAGGAAUACUUGACCAAGUAUAACUACCAAGAAAAAAUGGAUGCUCUCGUUGAAGAAGGAAAGUGGGAAUUCGUUAAACAAGAGGAGUUCCUUCGUUACAAUAACAUGAAGGGCGAUGGUGUUGGCAGAUUCAAGCCAACCAAGGUACUUGUCUUUGCUUACAAGAAACUUUAA